AUGGAAGAACUACUGGCGAAACAACGUAAAGAGAAAAAAGAUUUGCAAAAUCAAAUAACUGGUAUGAAGAAACAGGCCACAAAGGCGAAAAGGAAGCAAGUUAAUGCUAAAUGUGAGGAAUUACAACAAAAUUUAGUAGAAAAACAUGAAUCUGAAAUUAAGGAAUGGAAAAUCCAAAAUGGUGAGAUUGAUGAUGAGGAAGAAGAGGAAAUUACUCCGGAAAAACUCUUGGCACAGUUAGAAAUUAAAAAUGAAGAGCCACAACCAGAAGUUGAAUCAAAACAAGAAGAAACACAUCAAGAACCAAAAAAACGCCGUAAUAGACAAAAGGAGAGACUUGCCAAAAGAGAUGCAGAAAUAGCGAAGAUAAAGGAGGAGGCUAAACUUGAAGCUGCCAAACAACCAAAUUUAAAAAAAAUUGAACAGGAUGCGUUGAAUCAACUAUAUCAAAUAAAUAAAGUUAAAGAAUUUGAUAUUAAACCAGAUGGGCAUUGUUUGUUUGCAUCAAUUUUAGAUCAACUCAAGCUGCGUCAUAAUGACGUAGACCCUGAUCUAAACGUCUCCAAAUUAAGAACAUUAUCUUGUAAUUAUAUUCGUGCCAAUAAAGAUGACUUUAUACCUUACCUAUUCGAUGAAGCAACAAUGAGUUUAAAAGAUAUUGAUGAGUAUACGGAGGAAAUGGAAACUACAGCAAAAUGGGGUGGUGAGAUAGAAAUCCUAGCGUUGUCAAAGGUUUUCGAUUGUCCAAUUAGUGUGUUAAUGAGUGGUCGUGCAACUCAUAAGGUCAAUGAAGAUGGUUCCAAGCCGGAAUUAAAACUUGUAUAUUAUAAACAUAGUUAUGCCCUUGGUGAGCAUUACAACUCCCUACACGAUAUGUAA